GAAGGAGACAAAUCAGCAAAUCAUCUAACUGUUCUACCAUCGGAUAUCUUCAUCGAUUUGCCACCGGAAAGUGUAACAAACUUCGACGUGACAGGAGAUCGGCUUGAUUCGCCUAUCCAACAAACUUCGGGCAUCUCAGUUCAGCAACCUCUUAAAACGACAGUCACUGCAUCGGAAACAUCCCUAAUUGGGCAUGGCGUAACACUGGUAUCGUCUCAGUCAAUAGGACAAAACAAACCAACCGAAAUAAUUCCUCAUGGUUUGGUACAUUCGACCGUGUUAAAUGAUGCAACUUCAACUGACACAGUCAUUACCACGUCGUCUGCACCAGUACCAACAAAGACUGUAAGAGCACUGACAACAGCGCCAGCUGCUAGUGUUGGAUUAGUUAAAAUGCAAUUAGUUUCGAGUAUCGUGUACAAACAUUUUGGUGAAUCGAAGGAACUUAUCAGGCAUCUUGUGCCGAGCAGUUGA